AUGAACCCUCAGAUAGCAAACAUUACUCAAAUAAUAUUUCUGAUCCAACUACAAAGAUACCCCCAAGAUUAUGUUAACUUCAACGGCAUCACUUCCCACGAGCAAUUUGUUUCUGAUAUCCUAACCAAGCUUUUGCACAAAGAGUACAUCCGGAUAAAAAUCAGGGAGACAAGGCCGGAAAGCGAAAUGAUCGAUCUUUCCAAUCCUGCCGAGUGGUUCCCAGAAGCAAGAAAAAUGAAAAGAAAGAUAAUCAUGCAUGUUGGCCCAACAAACAGUGGUAAGACAUACUCAUCCUUGCAAACUUUGAAAAAUGCAAAAUCAGGAUACUAUGCGGGUCCACUUCGUCUAUUGGCCAGAGAAAUUUAUGAAAGAUUCAACCAGGAAAACACCAAAUGUAACUUAAUCACUGGUGAAGAGGUGAUUCCAUCGGUUGAUGAGUUUGGAAAGCUAAGUGAGAUCUCGUCUGGUACAAUUGAAAUGAUCCCGUUACAUAAGAAGAUGGACAUUUGUGUUAUUGACGAGAUUCAAAUGAUCGCUGACGAGAACAGAGGGGCUGCAUGGACCAAUGCUGUGUUGGGUGUUUUGGCAAAAGAAUUACACUUAUGUGGAGAAGAGAGUGCCGUGCCACUCAUUGAAAAAAUCACCAAAUUCACAGGGGACGAGUUGGUGAUCAAAAAGUAUGAGAGAUUGGGGAAGUUGAGCGUGUUGCCCACAGCUCUUCAAGACGUCAAGAAUUUGCAGAAGGGAGACUGCUUGAUUGCAUUUUCCAAGCGAAAGAUUUUGGAGCUCAAGUGCAAAAUUGAGCAAUCUACUAAAUUGAAGGUGGGAAUCAUCUAUGGAGCAUUACCUCCCGAAAUUCGUUCACAAGAAGCAAAUGGAUUUAAUGAAGGCAAGUAUGAUGUUUUGGUAGCUUCUGAUGCAGUAGGGAUGGGAUUGAAUCUUCGGAUCAAAAGAAUCAUAUUCCAUGGAGUCAAAAAGUUCAACGGUAAUGAAAUGAAACCAUUGACUGUGUCUGCAGUGAAACAAAUUGCGGGCCGUGCUGGAAGAUUCAGCAAGGACAAGGGCGAGCUGGAAGGUUUUGUAACUUCAUACAUGAAGAGGGACUUGGACUUUAUCAAGACCAUGAUGGAAUCCCCCACCAAGAACCUAAACAAAGCAUGUAUCUGGCCAACGGACUUGGUUUGGAAACACUACAUGGCCAAGUUUCCAAAGGAUGUGCCAUUCCACAAGAUUUUGCACCAAUUCGAGCUGGAAACAAAGUCCCUCAACAUGAAGAACUACUUCAUUAGUGACUUGGACUCCAGAAACGAGAUGUUGAAAAUGUUCCUCCGGGAAGAUCUCUACAAGAGAACAACGAUUGAGGACCAGCUCAAGUUGAGUUUGGCUCCUAUCAACGUGCUGAUGAACUCACCAGAGGUGAUAGAAACGGCAUUCAAGUUCUUGCGAAACAUCACCGUUUGUGCCACCAACAACGUGUUUGACUUUGAUUUCCUACACGAGCCCAUCAUCAGAAGAACUCCAAAGGUGAACACCACCAUAGCCGACACGGUGGAGACGCUUCGGUUGCUCGAGGAUAACCAUCGUGUGGUUCUUUUGUUCCUCUGGUUGAGUCAAAGAUGGCCCACAUUGUUUGUGGACAAAGAAGGUGCCAUGGAUAUCAAAUCGUUGAUUGAGAAGAGAAUCAGUCAGGAGUUAAACAACCUCAGAAGAUUGAACAAGACUGGUUAA